CUUCGCCAAGCCCUUGUCACAUCCCAUCCUAUUCUCGAUUCACAUUUACCAUUCACUGACCAAAAGUAUUGCUUUUAUGCGCAACUCUUCCCUUUCAUACAUUUCGACCAAUGUUAUGCAUCAUUAAAGCAGCUCUUGCAGGGGAGCACAGACGAUUCACCCUAGCCACUGUCGACAGAAAAAAUAUUCAAUUUGAAGCAGCCAAACUCACUUUCGAUGCCUUGCACACAAAGCUUUGUGUCCUUUAUGGCCAGCAAGAGUUGACCAUCCUCUUCGAGGAGCGACCAGGGACUUGUCGACUGGUUAAGAGCGACAUUGAUGUUCUUAAUAUUGUCAUGCAAUCCACUUUGCAUCUACCUCCAAGCGCCUCCACUGUGCUUGUCAAGCUGACUGUGGAACCCCAACCAGAGAUAAAGGCUCAGGUUCCUGAUCCACAGCAAGAUGAAAGGGGCUCUGAUCUUACCCGCGAUUGCUCCGCACGCUCAGCAACACCUUCUUCUGCAUAUACCAGAUAUGACAAGUUUUCGUCCAAUAAAGGCGAAAACCAUUGCAUAAUAUCCAAACCCAAUAGCGAAGUCUGCAUGGGAAAGCAACUUCCUAUACCUCAAUGCCCCAGAGGUAUUAGAAAACCGGAAGAAGAUAUGAUUAAUGCAGAUGUAAUACAUACGAAUGUUUUUUGUGAUAUCUGCUUUAACACCAUCAAGGGUAUUCGCUACAAAUGCCAAGACUGUGAUAACUACGACCUUUGUCAGAACUGUUUUUGUCUGGCUUCAAAGAGGCACCAUAUCAACCAUACCUUCGAGACCAUUGAGAAACCAUUCCUAAGCAAGAGGAUUCGUGAUCAAGCCUCUGGAAAGAGUUCCAAUGCCACGUCCGCCUCUCAAGCCUCAGCAAUUGCGCACCCAGCCAAAUGUGAUAUGUGCAACCAAAAAAUUUGCUAUGGCACGCGGUACAAGUGCAUUGUUUGUCCAGAUUAUGAUUUAUGCCAGAAAUGCAGGCCUUUUGCUAGGACCCAACAUAAAGGUCAUAGCUUUAUGCCCAUAGAUUUCCCUGGUCAGGUCAAUAUAAGCGUAGAUAAGACUCCUCAUCCUGGAGUCGUGUGUGACGGUUGCAAUGAAGACAUAUUUGGCGUUCGCUACAAGUGUGGCAACUGCCCCGAUUACGACCUAUGUGGAAACUGUGAGGCUUCUCCCAGCUUUGUCCAUGAUCCUGAUCACCUCUUCAUUAAAAUUCGUAAACCAAUUAACAGUCAAUCGAUGUCGCCAUUGCAGGCCUUGCUUCCCAUGAUGUACACCAAUGGGAGGGCUAAGGAAAUCAAUUCUAACGUCCGGCCAGUGGGUCAAACCUCUCUUCCCUCUCCACAACAAGAAUGUUCUACUUCGGUGCCACAGAUAGAGGUGCCAUCGAAAUUGAGCCAGAAGCGCAGGACAAUCGACGCAACUCUCACAACUCAAAAGGAAGACAGUAAGGCACGUGAAAACCCUGGAUUAGACCAGACUGAAGAAAUUUGGAACGCGGCCUUUGUUAAAGACAUCAAUUUUCAUGAUGGCACUCCCAUCCUGGCAGGCUCACAGUUCCUUAAGAUUUGGGAGAUAUCCAACACUGGUCCUAAUGAAUGGCCCACUGACACUGUUCUCCAGUACAUUGGAGGUGAUCGUAUGUUCACUGAUGCAGAUUCGGAUACCAAUGCCCCUCAAUUCAAAACCUGUCUGGCAAAGGUUGGUGAGUCUACCUAUGUGUCAGCUCACUUGAAAGCACCGGGGUCGCCUGGACGAUACGUGUCGCAUUGGAGACUUGUUACGCCCUCGGGAGAACACUUUGGUCAGCGUAUCUGGUGUGAUGUAUUAGUAGAGGAAGGAGGGACUGAGAGUAGCUCCGAUUCGAUGGGAUCUUCCUCUAUGAUAUUCCCGAUGGUUGAUUAUCAGGACAAGAGUAGCAUAGACAAUACCAGUACUGAAGAGGCUACAACAGCUGUCACGGACAUGCUAGCAAAUAUGGGAGUCACUUCAACAGCGUCCUCAGUCUUAACGUCCCGUUACAUAUGCGAGCCCUGGUUGAAGGACAUAUAUAUCGGUGAUACAACUGGUGCAAUAUCAGUGUCUGAUGAUCAGCUCUCGAUAACCUCGGAACAACAUAUUGCACCCUCCAGUGUCUUCUCUACUGACGAAGCUGAUGAUCAAUCCCAAACAGAAGCAGAUAGUGACACAGAUGUGUCUUCGGAGCACUAUUUUUCGGAUAAUGAUUUUAUUCUAGUAUGCGAUAUGUGAGCAUAUGAGUUGCCACAUAGUCAUUGUCAUUGUCACACGAUUAUCAAAAUGAGAAUAAACAGUGGUUCGUAAACAGGACCUUUCAAAUUGCAG